CAUCAUAGAGCAGACGGGUAUCUGGAUUUGUCGUAUCUUAUCGAUUAAAGAUAGUUAUGGAAGUUAAGACCAAUCACAACUCAACGAUGGGAAAUGGUUCGUUUUCAAAUGAUAUUCCGUCAAUACAGAGCAUCUCCGGUGCCGUGAUGGAAGAAGACAAUAAGCCAAGAGUGCUGCUAGAUCGACCUGUGCUGACCAUGGCUGACUGCCAAGCCAUUGAUGUUGACGACUCAACUAUGGGGCUGGACGAGGCUGAUGAAGGACCCAGUGCUUACAUGGAGAAAUUAAAAAGGUGUCUACGGGGGAGUUGCAGCCGACAGUGCUCUGUCGGUAAAGUCGGAAAGUCGGUGAUGUCAUUAUUUCCCAUUGUCAAGUGGUUACGUAACUAUGACAUAAAGCGAGAUCUCGUCUACGAUAUCGUAUCAGGUUGCACUUGUGCCAUCCUUCACGUGCCACAAGGUAUGGCCUUCUCCCUGUUAGCUGGUGUUCCACCUAUCUAUGGGUUAUAUACGUCGUUCUUUCCUGUGCUGUUGUACAGUUUUAUGGGGACGUCUAUGCAGUUAUCUGUUGGUACCUUUGCUGUCCUGUCUUUAAUGACCGCUUCUGUGGUUGGACGACUCGCUACUCCCGACGCUAAAAUUGUCGCCACUGUCAUAAGCAACCUCACAGAUGGUCUGAACCUCACUGAAGUGUCCGAAGUCAACACAAGUUCAACUAAUGUAGUAACGGCUGUAGAGGUCGCCGUAGCGAUAACUUUUCUCUGUGGCAUAAUCCAGACCCUGAUGGGUGUAUUACGGUUGGGUAAAGUUGGUAUAUUGAUGUCUCCUCCACUGGCCAGUGGAUUUACAACAGGAGCUGCUGUUCAAGUGGUGACCAGUCAGAUUCAAUACGUUCUCAGUCUUAAGCUGCCACGUUUUAGUGGCCCACUCAAGAUUAUCUACCUGUACAUUUCGAUAUUCGACAACAUCCACAAGACGAACAUUGUAUCAUUGGCUCUGUCUGUGUGUGUCAUCGCAGUGUUGGUGAUCGUCAAGGAUUUUAUCAAUGCCAAAUUCAGGAAAAAAUUCAAGAUUCCUAUUCCUAUUGAUCUCAUCGUUGUUGUUGCUGGAACCGUGGUGUCGCAUUUCUUAAGUUUAAAUGCUGACUACAACGUCCCUGUCGUCGGAGCAAUUCCUACAGGACUUCCUCCUCCAUCUCUUCCUCCUGUGCACCUCCUACCGGAAGUGGCGGGAGAUAGCGUUGCUGUUGCUCUUGUUGGAUUUGCAUCAUCUUUGUCCCUUGCUGCCAUGUAUGCGAAGCGCCAUAAUUACAAAAUAGAUGCAAAUCAGGAGUUGCUGGCUAUAGGAGGUGGAAAUAUUCUUGGUGGAUUCUUCCUUUGUAUCCCAUCAUCCGGAGCUUUAGCCCGCAGUGCAGUGAUGAACAGCAUUGGCGCCAGAACACAGCUGAAUGGUUUGGUAUCCUGCGGCGUCUUGUUAAUUGUUUUACUAGUUCUGGCUCCUCUUCUACAGACUUUACCAACAUGUGUAUUAGCAGCUAUUACCAUCAUCGCUCUGAAAGACCUCUUGAAGCAGGUUACGGAGUUGAAACGUCUGGGACGUAUCUCUAAAAUCGAUGCUUGUAUCUGGUUUUGUACUUUUAUAUCCGUCGUUUUGUUGGACGUUACCUAUGGUCUGAUCAUUGGAGUUAUCGUCUCUCUCUUUUCUGUUGUGUGGAGAAUGCAGAGCCACCGUGGUACUGUCCUACAGGAGUUUGGUAGUACGGGCAUCUACGUUCCUGGGCCAAAAGUCAAAUAUCUG